GAAUAAACAUGGCGUUGUGCGGAAUAUUGAAUUGUAUUUAGUGGUUGAAUGUCUGAGGUUUGUGUAGUGGAACAAUUUUCUAGUUGCCAUCAUAUCUUGUCAUCGAAUCAACGUAUUCCUGAGAAUGUUACCCGACUAUGGUUAAGAUUUCAUUGAGAAUCUUACAGUAAAGAAAUGUCGAAGAAGAAUAGAAAACGGAAGUUGGAGGAGGAGGAGCAGUCGAUGCUCGACUGGGAACAGGAAAACAUUUUUCCGGAAGAAAUAAGAAAUGAGAUGGAAUCCAUGUGGGAGAUUCCACAGAUAUUUCAUUUUCUUCACCUGGCCAAGGAGGCCCUAAAUAUACCUCAUUUGUCUAUGUAUGAGAUGGAACGAAUGUUUUUGAUACCAAGAGCUUCUAAGCAAUUGGCAAAUAUCAUGACGUCUUUGCUAAGUUCUCCCAUGACCAAAGCAAAGUUAAGAAAAAUACCACCAAUGCCAUAUGAAUUCUGGACAAACAUUCUCGCUUAUAAAAUGAAAAGCUGGUUUAAAAUUUACGAAGCUAAACAUCAAAAUCCCGUAAAAGUUCUAGAAACUAUUGGUGUGGAACCUGAAUUCUGGAAUGUUUUUCCUGAUGCUCCUCUGUUAAAUGGCAAGGAUUUUGAAGAGUUGACCUUCAAACAAAAAGUCUGGCUUUUGAAAACAGUCUGUGAUACAGUCAUGCAUACUAGAAAAACCGUGCAGGAGGAAAUAGCCAAGCAACCAUGGGAAGAUCAAUUUGAAACCAUUCUGGGCACCGACCGCUAUGGAGCAAAAUAUAUUUACUUCCCACAGUUUCUUAAGAGUGAUUUGAGAAUUUAUAGACAUUGUCUUGAUAAUAAAAUUUUGUCAACGGUGAAGCCAAUCAAACCGAAAUUAAAGGUAGAGUCAGAAAACAAAGUAUUGGAUCAAAGCGAUUCACUGAAAAAGCAAAUUAAGCAUAGAAGGAAAAAAAGACGAUGGCGUAAUGGAUUACCUCCGCGAUCAAAAAAAAAGACAAGUAAAUGUGAUGAAAAACAUCUGAAUGAUUGCAAAUUCAAUAGCGAUAGUGCAACAGGCUCCUUGAUAAAUGAGGAUACAAAUUUUAGUAGUACAAGCAACUGUAGUAAUAACAAUAAUAGCAGUAAUAAUAAUAAUAAUAAUUAUCAUAAUAAUAAUAAUAAUGAAAACAACAUUAACUUAGAUACAACCAACGUCAAAAGAUCAAGAAGUCCGUCAAAAUGUUCGGAAAUAAGCACUGCAUCCGAUAAGGCAUGUAAAAGUACAAAAUCAAGUGGCUACGAUACGAAUAAUUCCAUUCACCUCAUUUCCGGUAAGAGAUCGUCUCAAAGAAUGUUCAAAGGAUUUUCCAGCACUAAUAGUAAUGAUAAGUAUAAUUUAGAAAUAAUCAGCGGGAUUUUGAGCGAUUUGAAAUCAGAAACUGGUGAAGAAAAAAGUACAGAGGAUAUCGACAUAUCUUUAGCACACGUUUCUCAAAAUAAAUUAGAAUUAAAUCCAACGAAACACCAAUAUUUAGAUACAGUGGAUGUACAUGUAAAUAGCAGUGAUUCUAUCGAUAGAACCACUGAUACUUUAUCUAAUACCUCAAAAACAGAUGAUGAAAAGCUAAAUGAAAUUAUCAGUGCAGAAAAUUUUAAAUUCAGCGAUAAAAGUUCAGAUAACACGCAUAAUGUUAGAGAAACGCAACAAGUAACGGUCGCAUCGAAAUCUGAUGAUGAAAAAUUAAAUGAGACGAGAACUAAUGUUCAUAGACAAGAAGAUAAUGCUAGUUUUUCUGAAGAAAAAGAAAACUGUAAAGUUUUCAGACGGAAUGGAAAGUUUGCUAAAAGACCAAAAUCGGAUAAUGAACAGUCGGACCAAACAAGUAAAUUAAAUGAAAUACAAUCUUCUGAUGACAAGGAUCUUUCUCUGAGCGAGCUAAGAAGCAUGUUACAGAAGGAAGCAAUGGAAAAUGAUUUCUCUUUCGAUGAAGAUAGUGAAAUUAAAUAUAAUCUUAGAAAGCUAAAAAGUGACAAAAUAGAUGAAUGGAAACAGGAAGUAGAAGAUUUUAAUGCGAUGCUUUCGGAUCUCAGCGUUUCAAAAUUUCAACUUGUAGCUGACACCGUUAAUUCAUUGAGAGAUCUCAUUUCUACUUUUUCACAAAAAAAUAGUACUCCAACUGCUGAUACUGAGGGUGAAACUGAAUUUAUUCCUCCGUGUGAAGUAAAAUUAGUCAUAAGAAUGACGGAAUUACUUUCCACUUUAGAAGAAAUGGAAUCAGCGCUACGAGACUCGAUGAAAAAAGCCAGAGGAAAGCUCCAAAAAGAAUGGACCAAUUUUAAAGAAGGCAGUGCGGAGGAUCAGGACUCAUCUGGGGAGGGUCUUGGCUCUAAUUGGUGGGUUCUUGGAUCGCAGGGCUAUCAAUUGCCAACUUCCGGAGACACAACGUUACAAACGUUACCGCAAUCUACCAUAUCCUCAACUGGCUCCCAAAAUAUCUGCAAUAAAGACGAGAAGGAACCCGUUAACUAUGCGGAACACAGUAAAAAUAUCGAUCAACAGUGCAGAAAAUCUCAAAAUGAAAGUUCACAAGACGAAGCGCAAGGAGGACAAUCUAAAAGAGACGAAAGCAUCGGUCAAGAGAAUGCAAGAAUUGAAGAAGAGACAAAAAAAGACUCAAAUGCAGAAGAACAACAAACGCGAAGAGUAUUACGGGCACGCGGCAUUUCUUCGUACACAGAACAAUUUUAUUCAGACGACGAGAUCGAAGAGAACGAGUUGGAGGAAUGGACCGACGUUGAGGCCGUGUACGCGGCUCCCAGCACACAGAGCAAUUCAUCCACUUCUUACUUUACUCCGAAAAUCAGACACGGUGACGAUCGGACAAACGAGGAGGACUCAGACCAAGAUUGGAUUCUACCAAGCUCUCGCAAAAGGAAGAAUAAACGUCCGUCUGCCAAUCGAAGAUUAAAAUCUUUUCAACAUAAACUACAAAAUAUCAAAGUUGAUACUUUCCAAGAUGCGGCAGAAUCGAAACUAUCUCCUUCCAAAGCAAACAAUGAACAAGAUAAUUCCAGACUCAAAGAAAUCCAAAUAUCUAAACCAAAGAAGCCGAGUAACUCAGAACCUUCUAACAACAAUAGUAUAGUAGAGAACCAAGAGGCUGUAGUAGAAAAUAACCUUAUAGAAACAGUGCCUUCUAUGGAGAUAAACUGCAAAGUAGAAAAUGUUGCAAGUGUGCAUUCAGAGUUGGACAUCAAAGAUGAAGGCCCAAUCUAUGAUUCUACACUGAAUCAGUUUGAUAAUAGUUACACCACAAAUCUUAACUCUAAUUAUGUGAUGCUCAAAACUGAACACAAUCCGAUGAAUUAUUAUGUAAUGCAGUCAAAUCCUACAGCCGUCGUUCCACAAAAUACAAUCGUACAAUCUGGUCCGAUAGUCUCAAGUAUCAUACCCCCAAUCCAGCAGGGUUAUUAUGUACAAGGUGGACAAAAUUACAUUAUUCAGAAUUCACAAUCCAAUUUCUUACCUCCUCAACCAUUUCCGGCUCAAGGACCACAAAUGAUAGCGCCUCAACAAUUUGUCAGCCAUUCUGGUUAUGUACCUUACAUGGUAACGGCGACUCAACCUCAACCUGGAUAUAUAACUACCGAUCCAGGAAUCAUUUCUCAAGAAAUACCCCAAAAUCCUUCGUUUUCAAUUCAUCCUAAUUCCACAACACUAACUAGACCUCCGCAAAACAGAUAUUUUAUGUCGAGACAAAACUAUCCACAUCCUAAUGGGGCAGUUAUAAGAAGUAGUAUGCCCAUAAGAGGAAAUACUUCGCGGACUGAUAAUGCUAGAGUUGCGAAAAACGUUCAACAGCAACGCAAUACUUCUGUUAGAAUGCAAAAACCAAGAAAACCAAGUACACCUCCAGAAAGCAUUGUUCAGAAGACAACUUCUUUAAUCGUUCUCAGUGACAGUGAUGAUGAAAUUGAGAUGAUUAUUACAGAAAAAAACAAUUCUGAGGCUGAAGUGGACAAAACAAAAUCUACAUCUAAAAGAAAUACCACACAACCUAAGCAAAAACCUAUGGUCACAUCAAAUGUUACGGUGAGUCCAAACAAAGGUACCAUCCCUCCACAAAUAAUUCAACGCAUGAAUCAAGGAGGGAUUUCUAUAACACCAGUUAAAACUACACCACCUGUUCAAAACAGUAACACGCAACUGGUGGUAGUUGUAAAUGAAACUGGAAGCCAUUAUGCCUUAGCAUUGCCAAAUGGAAGCAAAUUGAUUCUCACUCCUGAACAGGUAGCUCAGAUUCGAGCUUCUAAUGGUGGAAAGCUCAUUUUAUAAAAUGUUAUUUUAAUUUUAACUAAAGAUCUUAUCCAAGAAUGAAUAUGGUAUACUCAAGUAGUGCACUUUGAUCUCUGGUUCACGUACAAUAUACUUUUAAAGUUAAUGUUCCUACAGUGUACAAUAGAGAUCUGUACAGUAAUUCUUGGAACAUUCUAAAUC